CUCAGUGUUCUCGGAAAGAGGAAAGAUUGAACAAAAGCUGGUAUCCUAAGAAUCCGGAGGUCAGGCCUUCCUUAAUGAGCCCAGGCAACUUCGCCUCAUUAAUAUGCAAAUGAGCUCCGAGCUGAGCUUCAGCUCGCGCAACCCAGUGAGUCUCCGCGCAGGCGUCGAUUUAGAGGUAGGGUUUCCCCACUUCGAGCAUCUGCAAGGAGAGCUUCACGGAGAGGGGAUUUUUCUACUGGCUGAGCUGGGUCAUUUCCAGGUGUCAGCCAUUAUCUUGACCACGCCUCCAUUGUGCACAGGGCCAGGCUUUACAACCAGAUAGACUGGGGUUCAAGUCCUUACUCUGCCCUUUUCUGCCCCUUUAAGCCAGUGUUGGCAUCCCAAAUGGAUUCACAGUCGCGCCUACCUUGCAGGUGAGGUGCUGGUGUCUUGGGAUGUAGAAAAACUACAGAGGAGAGAUUUGGUGAUCAGAGAAGAGCAGAAUUAGAAGCAGCUCAUUGGCCAGGCUUUCCCUUUAAGAAGAUGAAACAAGCAAGUUAACUACUGAGCUCUGCAAAAUCAAAUCCUAACAUUUCUUUCUGGGUUGAAACUCAGCAACUUCUUAUUACCCUAUUCCUCGCAAAGUGUUAGAAGAAGAAGAAGAAGGAGAAGAAGAAGAAGAAGAAACUUUGUCUUGGCUCCUAAGGCUGUGUGAUUUGGCCCCUAUCCACCUCCUAACUCUCAGCCCACUGCUUGGACUUAUCUCUGGGGCCCCAGCAUGGACGUCUCUCAGUCGUGAAAGUACCCGAGCCACCGGACAUCUGAACCAUGGACCCCGGAGAAUGCACCUGCAUGUCUGGAGGAAUCUGCAUCUGUGGAGAUAACUGCAAAUGUACAACUUGCAACUGUAAAACGUGUCGGAAAAGCUGCUGUCCCUGCUGCCCCCCGGGUUGUGCCAAGUGUGCCCGGGGCUGCAUCUGCAAAGGAGGCUCAGACAAGUGUAGCUGCUGCCCUUGAA